UAGAUAAUAAACAAUGACCUAGAGGAAAACUCAACAAAGUCAAUGAAUGACACCGUUGGGCAUUAUGCUAUAUACUAUAUCUUGAAGGACUAGUAGCAUUUUUCUCAUCAUUCAUCUCACUCAUAAUAUUAUUAGCAGAUUGAAAUCAAAAGAUACAUACAACAAAAUGUGUGAUCCGCGUGCAAGUAUACUUUCAUGUGCUCGCGAAAACUUGGUUCCACUAGCCCGCAAACAUUUGCUUCCACUUGCCAUUGAUCAUUUGCUUCCAAUACUUAAGGAAGCAGUCAACAUGAUUAGGGGUGUCCCAAAUGAUGAAAUUACACACAUGAAACAUGAACUCGAAAGCAUUGAAGACGCCAUCCAUGAAGCAGAUAAAAUGGCUGAUGCUGAAGGCGCCAACCCAAGUGAUGGAACCAGAGAAAAGAUCAACCAGCUGAUAGAAGCAUCUUUUCGCAUACAAGAUCUCAUUGAUGAAUACAUCAUCCGUGAGGAGCAACAACUUCCGGAUCCUGGAUGUGCUGGUGGUGGUUCUGACUAUGUCAAAACUAAGAUUCUCCGUCUUCAAAUAGCCCAUGAUAUUCAGAACAUCAAAUCCCGAAUUCGUGAAAUAAAAGAAGAUACAAGUUCUGAAACGGAUCAUGAAGGAUCAAGCAGUUCUAUUACAAACCCGAAUGCCACAUUAUUGCAGAACCUUCGAAAGGCUCCUUUUUACAUGAAGGAAGCUGAUGUUGUCGGCUUUGAAAAGCCAAGAGACAAAUUGGUUGAUUGGCUGGUAAAGGGAAGAGAUGAGCUCACAGUCGUCUCCGUGGUAGCAAUGGGAGGGCAAGGAAAAACCACUCUUGCUAGAAAAGUUUUUGAGAGCAAAGAGGUCGUGGGAUGCUUUGAAUAUCGUAUAUGGAUCACAGUGUCACAAUCAUACAAUAUAGAAGAGUUGCUGAGAGGCAUCUUGAAGGAUCUUUGCGAACAACAAAAAGUCAAUCCUCCUCAAAUGAUUCAUGAAAUGAAUAAAGAGUCAUUAGUGAAAAUAGUGAGAAACUACUUGCAGGAGAAAAGGUACGUUGUAGUUUUUGAUGAUGUAUGGAACUCAUCUUUUUGGGCUGAUAUUAAAUUUGCUAUGAUUGAUAAACAAAAAGGUUGUAGGAUAUUAAUCACCACUAGGAUCAUGGAUGUUGCCACUUCCUGUAGGGAAUCUUCUUUUGUUGAAAUUCAUGAACUGAAAGGUCUAGAUCAUGAACAAUCAUUAAAAUUGUUCAAUAAGAAGGCAUUUUAUGACUUGAACGGAUGUUGUCCGGAAAAUCUUGUUCAUAUAUCUUCUAAAAUUGUUGAAAAAUGUAAUGGAUUGCCACUAGCAAUUGUAGUCACCGGCGGUCUUUUAUGCAAAAAUAGAAAUACAAUUGAAUGGUAUAAGUUUAAUGAAAAUAUCAAGCCAAAGUUAAAGAAAGAUUCUUUGAUAAACAAAAUUUUAGUUCUCAGUUACCAUGAUUUGUCUUACAAUCUCAAGUCAUGUCUGUUAUAUUUUGGAAUGUAUCCUGAAGAUUGUAAAGUUAAUUCAGAGAGACUAAUUCGGCAAUGGAUAGCUGAAGGGUUCGUAAAGGAGGAAGAGGGAAUGACUUUGGAAGAGGUUGCAGAAGGAUACUUAACAGAAUUAAUUCAUAGAAGUUUGGUGCAAGUAGUUUCAAUCAACAUUGGCGGAAGAGCAAAAAGGUGUCGUGUUCAUGAUCUAGUGCAUGAUAUGAUCCUUAAAAAAAUUGAGGAUUUAAGUUUUUGCAAGAAUAUUAGUGAGGAUGGGCAAUCAACUUCAAAUGGAAUAGUUCAACGCCUAUUAAUAACAACCAAUUCGGAUAAUUUAAUGGAAAAUAUUGAAAGCUCACAUGUUCGAUCACUGAUCGUUCUCAAACCUUACACAUUACAUGAAUCUGUUGUAAGGAAAAUUACUACAAAAUACAGGUUUUUGAAGGUGUUUGAUGCUGAACUUGCUGGAGAAAUUGAAGUUCCUGAAGAUUUGGGAAGUUUGAACCACUUGAAGUAUUUUAGUAUCAAGGCAUUUGAACAGGAAACUGAACUUCCACAAUCCAUUGGCAUGCUUGAGAACCUAGAGACCUUGGAUUUAACAGGUGCAUCAGUCCUUGAUUUUCCCAAAGAAAUUUGUAAACUUAGAAAGUUAAGACAUUUUCUAGGCAACCUAAUGUAUUUGGUUGAACUGAAGGAUGGUAUUGGAGACAUGACAUCCCUACAAACUCUAUGGAAGGUAUAUUUAAAUGACAAUGAUGAAGACAUAGAGUUAAUCGAAGAGCUAGGAAAACUGAAGCAACUAAAGAAAUUGGGCUUGGAAGGUGUCGGGAAAAAACAUACGAGUGUUUUAUCUUCCUCAAUCAAUAAGAUGCAACAAAUGGAAAAACUAUCUAUUAAAUCACACGAAUCAGACGAAUACAUUGAUUUGGAUUUGGAUUUACCUAAGCUUCAAUAUCUUGUACUGGAAGGUCAGUUGGAGAAGUUACCGGAGUGGAUUGAAAAGAAUCAAAAUCUUGUUAAACUGAAGCUUGUUUCAUCCAAGCUACCCGAGGAUUCAAUGAAAUUACUCAAAAGUAUGCCAAACUUGUUGUCUAUUUCUCUCAUUGAAAAUGCUUAUGUAGGUGAAACCUUACAUUUUCAAAAUGAAUGGUUUAAGAAUUUGAAGGAACUAUAUCUUGAGAAUUUGGAUAACUUAAAAGACAUCCUUAUUGACCAAGGUGCGUUGCCUUCUCUGAGAAAGUUCCACAUACACUCAUUUUCAGUCCUCCAGCUCAAGACGAUACCAACCGACAUUCAACACUUAAAGAAGCUUGAAGAUCUCAGGAUUAGUGUUGUGUGUGACAAAUUUAUGCAGAACCUUUUACUCAAUGGAGGAAAAGACCAUUGGAUCUUCAAGCAAGUGCCCUUUGUAGAAAUUAAAGAUCGGCGUGAAUUGUAGGUGAUGGGCAUCGGUACGAUGGAAAUUCAAAUUUCUUAGUGGCAUUGUUUCUCUUUUCUGUUUCUAUUUUGAGCACUUUCAUUCUGUUAUUUUGUAAUUGUCAAACCUUAUUCUAGUUAGUUAGAUGUAGUCAAAGUUAGUUACAUUAACUAACUUGUUAGUUAGCUACUGGUUGGUUACUUGUUUCUCAAGUUAACUAACUUAGUGUGCUAGUUCUAUAAGUAGUGUUGGUUCAUGAUUGUAUUUCACAACUUUUCACUUCCAUUAAUCAAUAAAGAACACUACUUU